AUGAAGAUUGCUUAAUUGUUACGAAAUAGAGUGCUCUUUUUCAAUUGUGAUAUAUAGGCUGUCUUCAACAAUCCUAAACAUAUGUACAAUCCAGGUUAAACAAUAUAAUGUGCUCAAUUAAUGAAUGAAGCAGCAGGUAUACUAAAUAUCCCAGUGGUUUAUACUGAAUAAAACGUCAAGGCUUUUGGAUCAACAAUUCCUGAAGUAAAAGCAACUAUUCCUCCAAAUAGUCAUUAUUAUGAAAAACACACAUUUUCAAUGUACAAUGAUGAUGGAAAGAAGGUUCUAUCCUAGUAUCCUGACAAGAAUUAAGUUGUCAUAUAUGGCUGGGAAGCACAUGUUUGUGUUUAAUAAACUUGUUUGGAUUUAGUUAGAAAUGGUUAUCAAGUUCACAUAUUAACAGACGGAACCUCAAGCAACAAACCACUAUAUAGAUCAACAUCUUACUAGCGAUUAGCUUAAUAGGGAGUGGUGAUCGAUAAUUCACAAUCAGUGCUAUAUGAAUUGCUAUAGUCUUAUAAGGAUGAAAAGUUCAAACCAAUUUUAAGUUUAUUUAAGAAAUAUAAAUACGAAGAGGUCUUUACAACGUUAUGAAUAAAAAUAAAGGUUAAAAAAUCAAUAUCAUAAAACUAAAUUGCCUUUUUUUA